AUGGUCACCUACGGCUGCAUAGCCGCCGCGACGGUCGUCGUCGCGCUCCUGCGCGCCGUCGCCUUCUUCUGCCGGACGAUCAUCGCGUCGAACCGGCUCCACGAGGACGCGGUCCGCGGCGUGCUCCGGUCGCCGCUCUACUGGCACCACGCGGUCCCGCGCGGCCGCGUGCUCAACCGCCUGAGCGCGGACGUCGGCAACGUCGACGAGCUGCUCGCGCAGGCGCUUUUCGACCUCGCGCACGUCCCCCCCCUACUCUCGCAGGCGAUCUUCGUCGCGGCGUGCGUCGCCGUGCCGCCGCUGACGAGCGUGACGCUCCCGCUCGCCUACGCGUUCCUGCGCCACAAGCGCUUCGUCGGCCGGUCGAUGACGGAGCUCAAGCGCCUGGAGGCGCUGACGAAGUCGCCGGCCGUGAGCCGCUUCGCGGACACGAUCGCGGGCCUCGCGGAGCUCCGCGCGUUCGGCCGCGAGGCCCACGCGCGGCGCCGGCUCCUCGCGGCGUGCGACGCGAACGCGCGCGCGUGGUACGGCUGGCUCCUGUCGCAGCGUUACCUC